UCGCUUGUGAUGUGUUUGUUUUGGAUGUGGUUCACAGGUGAAAUAUCCCGGCAAAAAGCGCAUUUUUAAAUUGAAUAAUUCCGAUCAAGAUAAAAGUGAUAAGAAUAAAUCCAAGCCUUUUCCAGAACCCAUCGUCAUUAUCCUUGAUUUUUUUGUGUUGUGCCGCAUUUUAGAAACCCGGAACACAAUUUAUUGGAAGACAAUGGAGGUUGAUGGUAAUGCGGUUUUAGCGAAAGCAUUGAAAGACCAGGGCAUCGAAUAUGUUUUCGGCAUCGUUGGAAUACCCGUUGUGGAGCUGUCCAUGGCAAUGCAAGCGGAAGGGCUUAAAUAUGUGGGAAUGCGUAACGAACAAUCAGCAUGUUACGCGGCGCAGGCAAUCGGAUACCUGACCGGAAAACCGGGAGUUUGUCUUGUGGUCUCAGGCCCGGGGCUGUUGCAUGUGACGGGAGGGAUGGCAAACGCACAAGUGAACUGCUGGCCGCUGCUUGUGAUCGGUGGCUCAACCUCGCAGGAUCACGAAGGAAUCGGAGGGUUCCAAGAGUGCCCUCAAGUGGAGUUGAGCCGCCCGUAUUGCAAGUACGCCGCCCGGCCGCCAAGCGUGUCGCUGAUUCCUCUGCACGUCGAAAAAGCUGUCCGGUUGGCUUGCUACGGUCGCCCGGGCGCUGCUUAUCUCGACUUUCCUGGCAACCUGCUUACGGCAAAGAUAACUGAAGAUGCCAUUCCGUCACAGUACGGCCACCCGGAACCACCACUAGCAUUCCCCGAUCCAUCGCUAAUCGCUCAAGUAGCUCAGCUUCUUACCAGCGCCAGACGGCCAUUGGUGAUUGUUGGAAAAGGUGCUGCUUAUGCGCGCGCCGAGCUGCAGAUUCGGCAGCUCAUCCAUCAAACGAACCUUCCCUUUUUACCAACGCCAAUGGGAAAAGGUGUUGUCCCGGAUCUGGAUCCGCAAUGCAUCGCACCUGCUCGCACCUUGGCCUUACAGAAGGCAGAUGUUGUGCUACUGCUCGGUGCACGGCUGAAUUGGAUGCUGCACUUUGGCCGUCCACCUCGCUACAGUGAGGACGUGAAGUUCAUUCAGGUUGACCUUCAGCCCGAGGAGCUACAUAAUAGCGUGCUGAGCAAUUUGGCGGUGCAAUCGCACAUAGUUCCGUUCACCGAACAGCUAAUUGACGCUCUUGCUAAGAAGCACUUCCGAUUCGACGACCGUCAGGAAUGGUGGGUAGAUCUGAAGGCGAAAUGCGACAAAAACCGUAAAACGGUAGAGCAGAUGGCGCUGAAUACGGAAACGCCACUGAAUUACUAUGCGGUAUUUACCCAUCUGCAACAAUACAUUCCGAAGGACGCUAUCAUCGUUAGCGAAGGGGCCAAUACGAUGGACAUUGGCCGUACGCUGUUGCACAAUAAACUAGCGCGCCACCGGCUGGAUGCAGGAACGUUCGGAACGAUGGGCGUUGGUCCAGGUUUUGCCAUUGCGGCGGCACUCUUUUGCCGGGAUCGGUUCCCGGGGAAGAAGGUAGUGUGCGUGGAAGGUGAUUCUGCAUUUGGGUUCUCCGGUAUGGAAUUGGAGACGAUGGUACGGUAUCAGCUGCCGAUUGUGCUGGUGAUUGUCAAUAAUGGCGGUAUCUACGCUGGGUUUGAUAAGCAAACGUACGAUGAUAUGCGAUCGGGAGGAGAUUUGACUCAGGUAACUCCAGCCUCGGCAUUGACCUACGAAACACACUAUGAGAAUAUGAUGCACAUGUUCGGCAUGAAAGGGCAUUUCGUUCGAACUAUUCCCGAGCUUCAGGUAGCCGUGAAAGAGUCGCUGAUUGCCACAGACAGGCCGAACGUGAUUAACAUAGUGAUUAGUCCGCAGGCGGACCGUAAACCGCAAGACUUCAAGUGGCUCACUGAAUCAAAGCUUUAAACUAUCGACAGGGGAAACGGGGUUUUUAGAAUUUUCUUGUUUGCUCACUAAAAGUGUUACGUUUUCAAUAUAUUGGGAUAACAAUCGGCCACGGUAUAGGCUUAGGGUACAAUAAAUCGGGGACAUUAAUUGACAAA